GUUCGUGGUCGUUCAACCGUUUUUAUUGGUGACUAUUUUUGAUCUAGCGUAACGAAUUUAUUCAGCCGGCUAAUGAAAAAUAAACAUUUGUGACCGUUAACGUGCACGCGUGAUAUAAUUAAUAGUUUUUUACAAAUUUUGUGUAACUUUUAAAUAGAAUAAGGAAAUGAAUAUGGACCGGGACGUUUCAACGACAGACGAGUACUUAGUGACGGCUCUCCAGAUAUUCGAUUACUGUGGCGCUGACAACGGUGGGACGUUGCGGGUUGACGCACUUAUGGAGAAGUUCGCUCCUUUUGUUAAAACUAACAAGGCCGAGUAUAGCUACUUGAAGUCUCUACUCGACCCUGAGCAGAAUAACCCAGAGAUCGACGUGACGCAGCUCGCCCGCGCUCUCACCAAGUACAGUGAGAGCCAGAAGAGCAAAGCCGAUCUUGAUGAGAGUUUCAGUUUAAAUAGUGGACCAAUGCCUCAAGAUUCAGACUCUGGCAUAUCAACAGAUGCAGGUUACCAACUUCUAGAAGACCUGCAAUGCGAGCUCCGCGAGAAGGCUCACCUGGCCCAGCAGCUUCGUGGCCAGAUGGAGUUCCGCGACCGGCAGCAUGAAGAGGCCCUGGCCACACUCAGCGCCGAGCGGGACUCCCUGCGUUCGCAUCUCAACAUGCUUCGUGAAGAAAACAUAACGCUGACUCAUGUGCGUCAGAACUAUGAGGAAGCAUGCGACCGCCUGUGCUGCAGCGAGGAGGCUCUAGGCGAGGCGCGGCGCGAGCUCGAGUCGUGCAGGAAGAAGAACCGGGGACUCACGGAACAGGUCUCCUCACUUGAGAAUGAGAGACUGACGCUACAAGAGCUGCUAACAAAGUCGAAGGCGGAGUGCCACCGCAUCAACGAGAUGUACGCCAGCCGGCAGGCGGCGCUGCGCGAGGACAACGAGACGCUCAGGACGGAGCACGCCGACCUCACCAUGCGGCUACAGGACCAGGAGCAGUUCAUGCAGCAGAUCAUCAAAGAGAAGGUCCUGCUGGAGAUGGAGCUGAAGGACAUGCUGAACAAGUCCAACCACACGCAGUCGCGACUGGACCGCUCCAUCGACGUGAGUUACACCGAGGAUCAGAUGCUCACUGCGCUCGACACGCUCAACUCCGACACCCGCUUCGUACCAGAGAACCGACUAUUGGACGAGGAGUCCUUCAUUAGCGCUUUGAAGGAGGACCAGGGGCGUUCCACCAACAUGUCUCUCUUCGACGAGAUCCGCCUCAGUAUAAGCAACAUGUCGCGGCAAAGUUUCAUAGACAGCGACGACACUCAAUGCGACAAAUGUACCAACAAUCUAAACAACUCGUUAGUGACCACUGCAACGCAAACCGACGAAGGUUUCAGCGAUAAUGACGUCCCGGACUCGGCUAAAUUUACUACUGAUGAUGAUAUUGACGACAAACCAGCCAAGAUACACUUCAGAAAAAAAAUAAGAGAAUUGAAUCUAGUGUCGAUACAAACACAGACAGAUUUUCAGAGCUCCUACGACAAUAACAACUGCAGCGAAAAGCUCAGUAGAUAUACGAUAAAAUUAGAAAGUGAACUACGACGUUCGAAUUGUAAUAUAAAAGAGAUGCAAGUAGAAUUGGACAGGUAUGAGCAGAAUUUGAUCUUGCUACAGAAUGUGACGGAUGAAGGGAAUGACAGGAAUAAACUUCUACAGACGAUAGUCAACAGUUUGCAGUCGAAGAUUGGUUUGUUAGAGGCGGCGUGUACUGACCAGAAGGAGAGAAUAAACAGUCUGUCGGCCGACACUUGCUACGCGGCUUGUCAGACUGAUAGUGACCAAGCAUCGGUGUCGACCCAGGCAGAGAUGUCAUGUGCGGAGUGUGAGAAACGGCGCCAAGCGGUCCCACAACGCAGUCUACGCAAAUACCUCUGGGAGCCGCUAAAGUGUUUGUUCCAAGUGUUCGCGGUGGUGAGCUUCCUGUGCGCCGUGUCCGUGUUGUACGGCGUGUCCCGCCGCAGCCAGGCGCGCUGCGAGCGCGACCCCGCGCCCGUGCCGUGGCGCUGGCUGGAUGCGCAGGAGUUCAUGGAUCUGCUACUCAGGAUAGAAUACGUCGCAGAUGUUCCUAUGUGAAAAAGUUGCCAAAAAUUUACUGAUUUGAGUGUCCAAAGAGUUUUGACGUUUGAAAAAAUAUUGUUUGGAUUUCGAGUGAGUAUAUUUUAGAAUAAAAAAAAUUUGCAGGAGAUAAAGUAGAUUUAAGUUUGAAAAUUAACUGGGUUCGUAAAUAACCAAAAUGAAAGGGUAACAAUAACCGCCUGAUCAGGUCAGUAAUUAGUUAAUUAUUCUUUUGAAAAAAUAUAUCUAAUAAAUAGAUUUUUAAACGAAGCCUGAAAUUGUAAAUGGUUGUCUUAAAACUAGUGUUUAGGAUUCAAAGGGGGUGAAUAUGUAUGAAACUAAUGUGAGAGAUUGCUUGAGGUUUUUAAUAAGAUCUGAAUGUAGACGAAUUUAAUGAUAAAAGAAUGGGCACAGAGUGAUCUUUUAAUCGUAAAAUAUAAAAAAAUACAUCGAUCUUUUAAAUUUUUAUAGUGUGUAUAACAGAAAAGCAUUUAAAAUGUGUAAAAACAACUUUAAAGGUUAGUGUCAAAUCAGAAAUGAACAAUAUGGACGAGUCAAUAAAAUUUAUAAUUUCUUUGUAAAUAGUUUUAUAAUUAUGCAACUAUUGUCAAUGUCUUCACGACUCGUAACUUCGCUAUAUUUUGUAUUAAUUGUUUUAUUAUCGUAUAUUUUUAUCUUUGUCGUUAUGCAUGAGUAUUUUAUACUAACUUUGUAAAGCUGUAACUCUUUGAAUUUUCUAAUUUUAUUCUUAAACAAGCUACUGUACUCUUGAAAUUGAUUGUCAAGAUUCGAAAGUUGUGUGUUAGUCAAGUAAUAUAAAAGCCUAGUUUCCAUUUGGCAACAUUUGGCGCGCGAUUUGUUGCACAACAUGUUGGAAGUUAGCGCGGAGCUUUUGUUUAACAACGUUCUCUGUCUACGCAUCUACAACACGUUUGUCGUCGACUAAAUGUCGCCAAAGGAACUAGUGUUGUUGCGCGUCACGUCUCCACUCGACAACAAUUGAUGCUCAACUAAUGUUGAUCUAUAAACAAACAACAACCGGCGCGACAUCUUGCGCUUCAGCUGGCAACGUCGCGCGCUGUUGUGCAACGUUGUUGUACAUGUUGAGCGUUACAUGUUGCCCGUUAAAUGUUGUCUAGUGGAUACAAAUCGCAAAAAAAUGACAGAAAUAUUCCCAUUAUAAAAUGUGAAUUAUAUAAAUUCUGUGAUAACGUGUGCCAGUGAAUUGUUUAGCAUUUAUUCGACAUAAGAUAUAACGAUUUAUAACAUUUAAAUUGAUUUUGAUACGAUUUUACAUGUUGACUCUUAAAGUAAAUUUUACCAAAAAUAUAUUUAGAAUUCAAACAGCAUUAUAAAAUGCUCAACGUAAUUUAAAAUUUUUGUUAAGGUUUCAAAGAGCGAUAAAAUAUGCUUUAGUAUCGUUUGGCGUAAAAAUAAUAGAAUCUUAGACUCUGAGGUGCAUCGUUGUUUUUGCCUAUAAACAUUAAAAUGUUUGUCAGACUUAAUAAAACGUAUUUCACCAUUUCUAGUUUAAGAGCCAUGCUCUUGUCGAUGUAGCAUUCUCCAUGCUACUUUUUUGGGGGAAAAUAGGGCAGUGGUUUCCCUCUUGCCUUUCUCCCCGCAGUAUUCUUUCUGACGCGAGUGGGAUGGAGUCCAAAGUAGUCUAGCAGUUUGUAUUUCAUAUAAAUACACAAACUCUCCUAUUUUUUUUUGUCAGGAUAUACUAAAGUAUCUUUUACAUAGAAUAUUUAGUAUUAUAUAAAUAAACGAAAGCAUUUACAUGCAUUUAUGCGUGAAUUUAGCCGUUAGGAUUUUAUAACAUAUAGGACGUACGCGAUUUGUGCAAUCUCUGUAAUUAUCACUUUAUUUUUAAACAUUUCGGGUUAUUAUUGAACAUGUAAAUUGUACAUCGGAUUCUCUCUCGUAGAGGUUGUGAGGUGAAUGACCGACCCCAUCAACCCUGGUGUCAGAGUUCCACAGGCGUGAUCGGUUCUUCAAUAAUUGGCAUGAAAAAUGCUCACAAAAUGUUUCAUUAAUUUCUGUGUGAUAUUUAAUUAUUAUAGUCGUUAAAAUAAAUAAAUAUCACACAGAAAUGAGUGAAAUUACAAGCUGAUCUGAGCUCUAUACGCGUUCAAUAGUAAUCUGAAUGCAUUUGAUUUAAUUUUAUUCCUGUUAAUUUUAGUCAAACGCAUAUAGUAUUAUCUGAAUGUAUCGUAGCAAUAAAAUGAUAGUCGAAUUUA